UCCAUCUGGUUCAUAUCUUGGAGUAGAGAUAGACAGCAUCUCUGCCUCCACACGUAUUCGCUAGAUUCUCCUUCUCUGCCACUUUUUAGGCCCAACCGGUUUUCCAACGAGAUGGCGCGACGAGCAUGUGAGAGGGGGAGCCAUAGGCAAACGAGAGGUCGGUAAAUGCAGGCUAGCUGAUCUGAAUCUGGGCUCUAAUAUGGAGCAGCUGACCAGGAGGCGCCCAUGGCUUUUCCUCCUCUUGCUCUUCCUCAUUGCCUUCCUACCGGCUAAUGCUAUUCUUGCUGGUGCUCGUCAGGGAGCUGAUGUUCACGCAAAGGGUCAAGACGAUGAUGCAGGGCCUAACGCGACGCACAUCUCAGUGGCUCGCUGGGGUACAGUCCGAAAAGGCAGCGGCGGCGGCGGCGGCCACGGCGGCCAUGGCCACGGUGGUCACGGACGCGGCAAUGGAGGAGGCGAACGCGGACGCGACAUACCUGGGACGCCGCCGCAUCAGACCAUCGCCGGCAACGCCAACCACCGCAACGGGCACAGCGCCGCCGCAGCUACAGAUUUCAGCCGGUCGUCUACGGCGGCCACCUGCGUCCUCCUUGCGCUGGCCGCGGCUAUUCCGUUUCAUCAUCUCUAAACUAUUCAACCUACACAUUUUUUUAUACCUGAAACAUAAUACGUAUCAUUAUACCGAGUAUGUUUAUUUGUUUUUGGCAAGGGAGGACGAGUUCAAGCUUAACUUUCGGAAGAUUGGUCCGAUCCAUCAUACGGAGUAUAUAUGGAUGGUUUUCGAUGAA